AUGGACGCAAAAGACCUGACCUCGCGCCUGAAGAAGGGCGAAGUCGACCUUGGUACCUCAAUCAUGGCCGUCAAGUUUGAUGGCGGUGUCGUGAUCGGCGCUGAUUCGCGCACGACGAUGGGCGCGUACAUUGCAAACCGCGUCACCGACAAGCUCACGCACAUAUCUGACCGUGUCUACUGCUGCCGCUCCGGAUCUGCCGCAGAUACGCAGGCACUGGCCGACGUGGUCACGUACCAUUUGCAGCUGUACAACGUGACGCAAGGCGAGCAGCCUUCCACCUCGAUCGCCGCCAACUUGUUCCAGGAGCUUAUAUACCAAAACAAGGAUCGUCUUAGUGCUGGUAUUAUCGUUGCUGGCUGGGAUAAGCGGCACGGAGGGCGCGUGUACAAUGUGCCGCUCGGCGGUGGCGUGUUUGAGCAGCCAUGGGCAAUCGGUGGCUCUGGCUCUACGUAUAUUUACGGCUACUGCGACUCUACAUGGCGUCCUAACUGGGACCAGGACCAAACACUGGAGUUUGUCAAGAAUGCACUGAGCCUUGCGAUGCGCCGCGACGGUUCGUCCGGCGGCACGAUUCGCAUGGCCGUCAUCACCGAGGACGGCGUCCAGCGCCACUUUAUUCCGGGCGACAAACUGCCUGAGCUUGCUGCCAUGGAGGUGUAG